UUCUUAAGAAAGUAGUCCUUUAUAGCAUGUAUUUAAUAAAGGCUAGUUGCUUAAGAAAGUAAUGCCUCAUAAUAAGUACUGAAUAAAAGCUAGUUACUUAAGAAAGUAGUGCUUUACAGUAGGUACUGAAUAGGACUAGUUAAGAAAAUAGGGCCUCAUAGAUAUUUAAUAAAAGCUAGUUACUUAAGAAAGUAGUGCUUCAUAGUAGGUAGUGAAUAAAAUUUAGUUAUUUAAGAAAGUAGUGCUUUACAGUAAUUACUGAAUAAAGACUAGUUAAGCAAGUAGUGCUUCAUAGAUAUUUAAUAAAAGCUAGUUACUUAAGAAAGUAGUGCUUCAUAGUAGCUAGUGAAUAAAGGUUAGUUAUUUAAGAAAGUUGUGCUUUACAGUAGGUACUUAAUAAAUUAAGCUAGUUAAGAAAGUAGUGCCUCAUAGUAGGUACUGACUAAAGCUUAGUUACUUAAGAAAAUGGUGCUUAAUAAGGUACUUAAAUAGGGACUUAAUCAGGGCUGGCUUGCUUUCUUGAUUUAGUCUCAGAGACAAUCUGUUGGUGGCUGAUGGCGUGACAGGCAGGUGAGACGGCUUUGAGGAGGGAGGGCCGGGCAAGGUCACCUGCCUCACCUUCCCCUCCAGGGCCGUCUGGGGCCAGUGGCCAGAUGGAGAUCACGACAUGACAGGGGCGGCCGCGGCCAGACCCUGAUGCUGGCGGGAAGACUUCCGAUUCCCUCCCAGGCUGCUUUUCCUCAAUCUGGGCAGGUCCCUGGCCAUGCUGGGCUAUGAGGAGUAAUCCCAUCUGAGGGAAUCUCACUUUGUUCCCAUAAUAGCCGGUCUCCGCCGCCCGGUGUCAGCCAGCUGUCUCCAUUCCUCUUGCACCAGCCAGGCGGGGGCCCCUUUGGCCAUGUUAUUCUCCGCCCCCUCCCAGCCCCGGCCCCGGGACGAGCCCCUUCCCCGUGGGGGCUGCCGGCGCGGGGCCGGAGCGCUGUCCGAGGUCCCCAAGCUGAGUGACCUUGAGCUGCGGCUCCUUUCUGGGCAGCCCCCGGCUCUCUCCCGCUCCCGGUGCCCGCUCCCCGCCCGGUGAGGUCGGUCUGACACCCGGUGACCUGUCAGCUGUCUCCCCACCUGCUUCCAUGCUGAUUCAUUGAUGAGGAGAGUUGGCUUGCAGGCCCCGCCUCCCUCUCAAUGGUCUGGGAGCCGGUGGAGAGGAUGCUGUGGCUGGGGAGCCCGCUCUGCUAGCCGAGCUCCUUCCUACAAGUGGGCAGCGGCCAGCAGGCUGCCAGCGCCUCGGAAGACCAUAGUGCCCCCCGAGCCAUCUCCCGGCUCUUCCCGCGCCCAGCCUUUCCUCUCCGGCCGCCUUCUGCGGCUCUUUAAGGCAGCUCCUUUUCAGCCAGCACAGCUUAAUCCAAAGGAGUUGUAAGCAGCUUGGGAUAGAAACUGAGAUACAAGUUUCCCCUCAGAGACUGUCUCUCUGUCUCUCUUUUUUCUCCUUCCCUUUUUGGCAAAGACUUCUGGCUCUCCUCAGAGGAAUACCUUUUUGCUUAAGAUGAGUGGCUGUAGAAAACGGUGUAAACGUGAAAUAUUGAAAUUUGCCCAGUACCUUCUCAGGCUAUUAACAGGUUCUCUUCAUCCAGACAGUGUCGAAGAUGAAAUGGAAAUGGCUACUGUACGGCAUCGACCAGAAGCUCUUGAACUGCUGGAAGCCCAGAGCAAAUUCACCAAGAAGGAACUUCAGAUUCUCUACCGAGGAUUCAAGAACGAAUGUCCCAGUGGUGUUGUUAAUGAAGAAACCUUCAAAGAGAUUUACUCUCAGUUCUUUCCACAGGGAGAUUCAACAACAUAUGCACAUUUUCUGUUCAAUGCAUUUGACACCGAUCACAAUGGAUCUGUGAGCUUUGAGGACUUUGUGAUGGGUCUUUCCAUUUUGCUUCGAGGGACAGUGCAAGAAAAACUCAACUGGGCAUUUAAUUUGUAUGAUAUCAAUAAAGAUGGAUAUAUAACUAAAGAGGAAAUGCUUGACAUAAUGAAAGCGAUAUAUGACAUGAUGGGUAAAUGUACGUAUCCUGUUCUUAAAGAGGAUGCUCCCCGACAACAUGUGGAAACAUUUUUCCAGAAAAUGGACAAAAAUAAAGACGGGGUAGUUACCAUAGACGAGUUCAUUGAAAGCUGCCAAAAAGAUGAAAACAUAAUGCGCUCCAUGCAGCUCUUUGAAAAUGUGAUUUAACAUGUUGGUUAGAUCUCAAAUUUAAUAGACAAAUGUGAACUAUUCUAAAACAAUAUUCAAGUUGGAAUUACCACUUUUAGCAUAGACUGCUCAGCUUUACACUGAAGCAUAUUAUGCAAAUAAGCUUUGUUUUUAUUAUAAAGCCAUCCCCAAAAUUAUUUGUUUCCAAGAUAUCAAUUUGCAUCCUUUUCAUUAUGUCACUAAAUUAAUGGGAUGUUCUAAAAAUUUCCUACCAUGAAGCUAUUCAAAGAAAUGGUACCUGACAAACACAUAAUUUUAUUGGUACUCCAACCCUGGAAUUAUUGAGGCUUUCGCACAUCGAAGUGAUGUUAUGAUAGUGUUUUUUGCUACCCAUUUGUAUUAGAAUCCAGCCCCACUAUUGUUUUUUUUCCCUAAAAUACUGGCAUCAGUGUUUAAUUUAUAGAAAUUAGAUUUCAUUUCCAUAUUUGUAUGCUGUAAUCCCAUUUAUAUACUUUGAGUAAACAAAAACAAUUAUCGCUAUUAAAAAUUAUGCAGUCCCUA